AUGCAUAAUAAAGAAGACAUAAAGCCCGAUAUGCAAGCUUGUGGUGAAUUUGUAGCUAUUAAACCCGAAUGGAAACCUAGACAGUCACGUGCAGGUAAUCCUUGGAAAAUUCGUUAUUCAUAUGCAAUUACUGAUAAAGGUAUAGAGGUAGUAGCCGCAGCCCGUUAUAAAGCCGGUGAUCUUAAUGCUUUAGUUGAAGGUGGAGAAGGAAUGUAUGGUAAUUUCGUAGGUGUUCCUACAACCUACAGUGAUUAUUUUGUUGGAGCUUCUACCAUUGCCCAUCAGAGUUACGUUGGUACUUCUGGAACACGUACACUUAGUACCUCUACCUCAGAUACUAACAGCCGCGUAGCCGCAAAGCUCAGUAAUGCAGAUACUGACAGAGACAUAGUCCUUACUAACCUUGCCGCCGACCUCGACGGUGCCGGAAUGAGUAUAGCUAAGCUUCGUACCGCAUUUCAGAUUCAGCGAUUUUAUGAGAAGUGUGCCCGUGGUGGUAGACGUUACAUAGAGCAGAUUAAGAGUCAUUUCAACGUUAAUAGUCCCGAUGCCCGUAUGCAAAGGAGUGAAUACCUUGGCGGUUCCCGAAUUCCUAUACAUAUUAGUGAGAUUGUUUGUAGCGACAGUAGUGAUAUUGGUAAGCUUGGUAGCACAAGCCGUACAAAUGGAUACUGA